AUGACUGCUGCUUCUCUGAACAAGCCUGAGAGUAACUAUCAACAGCUAACUGCCAUGUCCGACCCCCAGGAACCAACUAUGUUGUCCAUCGACGCGAUCGAGGCCAUGGCUCCCAGCUUCGACGUCACCGUGGCCAUCGACGACGACCUGCUCGACGACGACGGCGUGGAGCUUGGCUCCAAUUUCACCGCGACUGGGCUUCGCGAGCUCUUCCGGAAGAGCAUGCGCCUCAGCGAGCCCCUCGACCUCAACGCGACCUUCUUCGAGCUGGGCGGGGAUUCUCUCGCCGCCAUGCGCCUGGCCACCAGCGCGCAGAUGCUAGGGAUCGCGCUGCGACUCCUGGGCGACGCGGCAGACGAAGUCCUUGCUGAGGUCGCCGCGCGCUGCCAGAUCAAACGAGGCGAGAUCCAAGACGCUUACCCGGCCACCGCACUGCAGGAGGGCCAGAUAGCCAUCUCGAGCCGGCAGCAAGGUGCCUACACGGCGCAUCAUGUCUAUCGAGUGCCAGAAACAGUCGCCCUGGGCCGGCUGCAGGCCGCGUGGCAGACCGUGGUGGACACCCUGCCCAUUCUGCGCACCCGAAUCGUGCAUUCCAACGUAUACGGAGGAUGUCUCCAAGUCGCGGUCUCGCACGCGAUCCAAUGGCAGACUGGCUCGAGCGUAGACCAGUAUGUAGAACACGACCGGGACGCACCCUUCCUCUACGGCGCUCCUCUCGCUCGCUAUGCCGUGAUCGAGGAGCCCGAGGGCGACCGGUACUUUGUCUGGACGGUGCACCAUGCCAUGUACGAUGGAUGGAGCAUGCCUCAGAUGAUCCAGAUGGUCGAACAGGCCUACCAGGGCCAGCCUGUAGUCGGUAGUCCCCCUUUCCAAGCCCUCAUCCACCAUAUCGAGGAGCAUCUGCCGCCGUCGGAAGAGUAUUGGCGAGAGCAGCUCCGCGAUGCGCCGGCGGCCUCUUUCCCUGCCUCAUCUCCCUCACCAGUAUCACGCCAAAAACACAUCUACCAAUUUGACUUUGCCCGUCGCGCUGGGGCUUCGGUCACCCUCUCCACCAUGGUCCGAGCUGCCUGGGCGCUGCUAGUGGCGCGGUACUCGGACGGCGAUGUAGUGGAUGAUGUCGUGUUUGGAGCGACUUUGACCGGCCGGAACGUGUCUCUUCCUGGUGUGGACGUCAACACGGUGAUCGGGCCGACCAUCACCACAGUGCCCAUCCGCGUCCGCAUCGACCCGGGCCAAAGGGUGGUUGACUUCCUACAGGGAAUCCAGCAGCAGGCUGCCUCAAUGAUCCCGUUCGAGCACACUGGCCUGCAGGGCAUCCGCCGUCUGGGCCCGGCUGCGCAGGCGGCCUGUGAUUUCCGCACGCUGCUCAUCGUGCAGCCAAAGCAAGAGAGGGAGAGAUCAUCCAUUCUGCCUGCAGAGAGGAUCGAGUCACGCAAUUUCUUCAACUACCCGCUCGUCCUGGAGUGCAAGCUGGACGGGCGGAGCAUCGAGUUCGUGGCCAGCUUCGACGACCGCGUCCUUCCGCCAGUGCAGAUGCAACGCCUCUUGUAUCAGCUGGAGCAAGUGCUGCAGCAGCUCAACGACCACGAGAACAAUGGUCAACUCUCUGAAAUAGACAUGCUGACGGCGAGAGACCUGGCGGCGAUUCGCGACUGGAACAAAGAGCACCACGAGCCGGUCCUUUUGUGCACCCACGACGAGCUCGCCAACCAGGUCCAGCUUCGACCUGAUGCCCCAGCGGUGCAUGCCCACGACGGGCAGCUCACCUACCGCGAAUUGGACCAACGAUCCACGGAAUUGGCGCUGCAGUUGGUAGCCCGCGGAGUCAGCGGCCCUGAUGCCAUGAUCCCCAUGUGCUUGCGGAAAUCGGUGCUGGCGCCGAUUGUCAAAUUUGCCAUCUGGAAGGCUGGCGGCGCGGUUGUACCCUUGGAUCCUGCCCAUCCUCGCGCGCGACUGCACCGCAUUGUUGACGCGGUGAAGGCGCCUCUUGUCGUGACCACCACCGACCUGGAGAGCCUGUUUGCAGACGGUCCGGCGCCGACAAUGGCAGUGGACGUACCGCUGCCCUCUACUCCAGAAGCAUCUCUGCCCCUGGUGCAGCCGCACAACAUCGCAACGGUCAUGUUCACCUCGGGCACGACUGGGACUCCCAAGGGCAUUCUCAUCUCACACUCCAGCCUGUCCACCAGCAUCGCCACCCACGGGCCCGUUGUGGGAGGCACUCCCGAGACUCGAGUCUUUCAAUUCGCCUCGUACACCUUUGACGUCAGCUUCAUGGACACUGGACUGGCCCUGUUCCGCGGAGGCUGCCUCUGCAUUCCGGCGGAGCAGGACCGUAUCAAUCGCCUCGCGGCGUCUAUCACCGAGCUCAACGCCAAUUUUGCAGAUCUGACCCCGACGGUUGCCGCACUGAUUCGCCCGCAGGAUGCGCCGACGUUGAAGACGCUGGUGCUCGCGGGAGAAGCUCCGACUCCUGCGGUGGUCGACGCAUGGAAGGAUGCAGUCGACCUGCAGAACCUCUACGGUCCGACGGAAACUUCGGCGGCCGCAGUCAACACCACCCUGGGCAUCAAUUCCCGACCUAGCAACAUCGGACGUGGCGUUGGCGGUACACUGUGGGUAGUCGAGCCGUCGGACCACCGCCGGCUGGCGCCUGUGGGCUGCAUCGGGGAGCUCUUUGUCGAAUCGCCGUUCCUGGCGUGUGAGUACCUGAAUAACCCGGAACUGACGGCCUCUUCCUUUGUUGACGGCGCCUCGUGGCAAGAGACGCCGCGCCGCAUGUACAAGACGGGCGAUCUUGUCCGCUACUGCCCUGAUGGAACUCUCGAGUACGUGGCUCGUAAGGACUCCCAGGUCAAAUUCCACGGCCAGCGAGUCGAGCUGGGCGAUAUCGAGCACCAAGCCAAGCGGGCAGAUACACGCAUCGUCGAUGUGGCUGCCCAUGUUAUCAAGCCGACUGCAGAGAUCACCAGCGAGACACUGGCUCUGUUCUUCGCCACGGAAUCGGCAGCUGGCCAGUCCGUCCGGCCGCUGGAGCUGGACAGCAACUCCCUCGAUCUACAGACAGUGAUUGCAAAGCUCGCUAAUAGUCUCCUAUCUUUCAUGGUGCCCUCGAUCUUCAUCCGCCUCAACGCUCUCCCCAAGAGCGCAUCUGGCAAAAUGGACAGGCGAAGACUCCAAGAGAUUGCCGGCAGUCUGACCCGCGACCAAGUGUCUGUGUACUCGCUGGCAGAUGCCCAGAAAAGACCCCCAGUGACGGCCGCUCAAAGGCAACUGCACCGGCUCUGGACACAGAUCCUCAACCUCCCAGACGAGGCUGUUGGAGUCGAUGACAGCUUCAUGAGACUGGGUGGAGACUCCAUCGCCGCCAUGCGUCUUGUGGCUGCUGCCCAGGAUGCUGGCUUCCGGCUGCGGGUCGCCGAAAUAUUCGCUUCGCCAGUUCUGUCGGAGAUGGUGGAGCUGAUGAAGCCUCUCCAGGUAGCGAAUGAUAAGCGAAUGGACCACCGGAGCCCCUUUGCUCUCCUGCCGCCUGGCAUAACUCGUUCGCAGCUCCUGCAGCUGGCAUCAGCGCAUGGGCUGCCCGCCGACUCGAUCGAGGAUGCGUAUCCCUGUACACCCCUGCAAGAGGGCCUGAUGGCUCUCACCCGUCGCCAUCCCGGAGCCUAUAUAUUCCGCAACGUUUUCAAACUGCCUGUAGACUUGGACAUUGAUCGUUUCCGUGCUGCAUGGCAGACAGUAGUCGACCACACCCCAAUCCUGCGCUCGCGCAUCAUCGAAGGCGAUAGCGGGACCCUCCAAGUGGUGUUGAGCAGAGAGACUAUUGACUGGGACUCCUCGAACAGCCUGGAUCAGUCACUGACAACCGCAGCAAUCCCCGUCGGCUACGGAAGCCGGUUGGCCAGGUACAACAUCACCACGGAGGCGGCGCAGACCUGGUUCGUGUGGACUGCACACCACGCCCUUUACGACGGAUGGAGCAUUCCAAUCAUCCUCGACGCCGUGGGGGCUGCGUACAAGGAGACCAAUCUGCCCACGGUUGCCCCCUUCUCCGGCUUCUUAAGAUAUCUUGGGCAGAUUGACCAGGCUGCCUGCGAUGACUUCUGGCGCUCUGAACUGGCGGGAGCCCCCCCAGUCCAACUUUCCUUCGCCAUCCAUGCAAAGCAAGGCCAACCCAGACUACCAUACUUUGAGCCAGACUCUCCCCCUCGGGCGCAGCCAGUCCGACGUGACCACUUCUACGCUCGUUCGGGCGGCGUGGGCCAUCGUUCACGCAAGAUAUUCCGAGUCGUCCGAGAGCGUCUUCGGGGCUACCUUGAUGGGCCGCAAUGCCGCCAUUCCGGGCGUCGAGAAGAUGGUCGGGCCAACCGUUACCACCGUCCCUCUGCGGAUCUCGGUGGAUGCGGAACUUACGGUGGCACAGCUACUCUCGCGAAUCCAGGAGCAGGCAGCCCGCAUGAUCGACUUUGA